AUGCUGGAGGCUGGAGCCUCUUCCUCAUCUCUCCGCGUCUGCUCCAAACAGCCUCGAGCUCAGAUCUACCAACUUCGGCACGUCUCUCACCGCCUUAUUCUCCUACAUCAUCCCAACCGUAACCAUUGUUGUGAGCAUCCGCAACCAUUAUAUCUCGCCUUGCAAUUGGCUUGUCCGGAAUCGAAAGGCAAAAGUGUACCAACCAUCGUCGAAAUCGCAGCGAGCAUCAUUGUCGCGAUCUGGGAGGCAGUUGCAGAGACGGCAAUCUCGUGGCCCUGGAUGUCUAAAGCAGGCUUUCUUCCUCUCUUAAAGUAA